CAACCAUUUGGCCCAUACUGUGUACAGACAAAAGUAAAUGGCCAUAACCUUCUUCGUCAAGGCCAAUUACGCUCACCAUCUAUCCACUGCGAUUAUUCUCAGUUCACCACCGAAAUUUGCUGUCUCGACGGCCAUGGCAAUGUGCUCAAGCUUUUGCCCUCGUGUAUCAAAGCACUUCAGAGGCAUACCCAUCUCUUCAUUCCCGUCAAAACCACCAUUUUCUGUUUCUAUCAAGGCUUUCUCUUCUCAAACUACUAAUUCUACAAUCAAAGCAGAUGAAAAGCCAGCACAUGUUGGUUUUCUAGGACUUGGAAUUAUGGGCUCUCCAAUGGCACAAAAUCUUUUAAAAGCUGGAUGUGAUGUGACUGUUUGGAAUAGGACAAAGAGCAAAUGUGAUCCUCUCAUCUCCUUGGGUGCAAAUUUUCUUUCAUGCAGAUAUAGGUCAACCCCUGAGGAAGUGGCUGCAUCUUGUGAUGUCACAUUUGCCAUGCUUGCUGAUCCCGAAAGUGCUGUUGAGGUUGCUUGUGGGGAACAUGGAGCUGCAAAUGGCAUGAGUCCAGGAAAAGGGUAUGUGGAUGUUUCCACAGUUGAUGGUGAGACCUCUAAAAUGAUUGGUAGACAUGUCAAGGCUACUGGAGCACUAUUCUUGGAGGCUCCAGUUUCAGGCUCCAAAAAGCCAGCAGAAGACGGACAGCUGAUAUUUCUUACUGCUGGUGACAGAUCUCUAUAUGACACAGUUGGUCCACUCUUGGAUGUAAUGGGAAAGUCAAGAUUUUACCUUGGGGAUGUUGGAAAUGGAGCUGCAAUGAAGCUUGUUGUUAACAUGAUCAUGGGAAGUAUGAUGGCAUCUUUUUCUGAAGGAUUACUUCUUAGUGAGAAAGUGGGACUGGACCCAAGUGUACUGGUAGAGGUAGUCUCACAAGGUGCCAUAAGUGCACCAAUGUUCUCAAUGAAAGGUCCAUCUAUGGUUCAAUCCCUGUACCCUACUGCUUUUCCCUUAAAACAUCAACAAAAGGACCUGCGGCUUGCUCUGGGACUAGCCGAAUCUGUGUCCCAAUCUACUCCAAUUGCAGCGGCUGCAAAUGAACUCUAUAAGGUCGCAAAAUCUCAUGGCCUUAGUGAUCAAGACUUCUCAGCAGUAAUUGAAGCGCUAAAAGUAAAAUUACAACAACAAACGAAACAGUAAAACUUCGAUCUUUGAUUGUUUAUGAAAAUUUAAUUGCCUUAAGCAUGCCAGUUUAGGCAAAAGAGGAUUUGUUUGAAUGCUUAGGUUUGCCUUUCUCCAAUGCAAGUUACACCUUCAUUUGUAAUCCUAGGGUUCCAUUUCUAUUGCCUUGUGACUUCUUGCCUGAGACGGUCAUUAAUGAAUAUGAUGCAUACAUCUGUAUCCCAUCUGAUCUGUUCAUGUUUCC